AUGGUAUCGUCAUCAAUUUUAACAACAACGACUACGACGACUACUACUACUACGACGACGACUACAACCAUUAUAUCCAAUAUCCUAUCCUCAGCCGUACCACCGCCGUUGUCGCAGUCUUGGGAAAUCUUGCAAAACACGCUUUCACAGAUUGUUUUAUAUUGUCUCAAUUUACUAGACAAUUUACCUGGAGGACAAAUAAUUAUCAGGUAUAUCAAGUCGUCGUAUCAGAAUGAUCCAAUUAGAUCCUUGUUUGAAUAUUGCUUGUUUUUGUUUGCAUUGACCUAUUUCUUCACGGCAAAAAAGAAGGAAAACAAAUCUGAGUUGGUCAAAUUUUCUCAAGCGGAGAUUGAUGAGUUGUGUAAUGAAUGGGAGCCAGAGCCACUCGUGGAAGAACUAACCGAUUUGGAAAGAUGGCAGUUGGCGGCCAUCCCGGAAAUAAAAGGUCAAAACGGCGCACAUGUUCAUCUAGUGGGUACAACACGCGCUGAUACCAACACAAUGGCAUCUAAAGACGAUUUGCCCCUAAUCGUCAAUCUCGCUUCUUUAGACUUUCUCAACCUUAAUGAGAACGAGAACAUCAAGAAGGUGGCCAAGGUGGAAAUUGAAUAUGCUGGUGUAGGAGCUUGUGGUCCUCCCAACUUUUAUGGGACGCAGGAUGUUCAUGUAAGACUCGAAGAAGACUUGGCAAAGUUUUUGGGUACAGAACAAGCAAUCAUAUAUGGCCAGGACUUUGUCACUGCAGGCUCGGUUAUCCCUGCGUUUUUGAAAAGAGGCGAUUUGUGUGUCGUUGACAGAAAUGUUAGUCUCGCAUUGCAAAAAGCAUUAAUUGUUAGCCGUGCUGAUAUUGAAUGGUACGAUCACAACGAUAUGGUGCACUUGGAGCUGAUCUUGACUCAAUUAAAGCCGGUGCUAUCUAAGCAAAGGCCCAUUAGGAGAAGAUUUAUAGUCACAGAGGGUCUUUUUGCAAACUUUGGUGACAUUGCAAAUCUACCCAAAAUUGUUGAAUUGAAAAACAAGUUCAAGUACAGGUUGUUCUUGGACGAAUCUUUAUCCAUUGGGGUAUUGGGGAAUGCUGGAAGAGGUUUGACUGAGCAUUACGGAAUUUCAAGGGAUGAAGUGUCCAUAACCAUUGGAUCUAUGGCAACCUCUUUUGCUUCUUCAGGUGGUUUUUGUGUUGGUGUGGAACCAAUGAUUCAUCAUCAGAGAAUAUCCUCUAAUGCUUAUGUUUUCAGUGCAUCCUUGCCCCCUUAUUCAGCAAAAGUUACCUCCCAGGCUAUAAAAGAGAUUAAUGAGAAUUUGGUGCCCCGCACCGGUAAGUCAAAACUAAUGACCAAACUUCACCAACUCACGAGCUUCACAUAUGAUGCUUUGUUGUUGAGUUUAAAGGAUGUGCCAAUGACUAUUGUAUCUGCUCCACAAUCUCCUAUAAUCCAUUUAGCUCUCAGCCAGAAUUAUCGUGAGCAAUUAAACCUACCUUUAUUAUAUGGAAACUCAACUUUUGUACUUCAAGGUAAACCUUCUAAAUAUUUGAAUCGUUUCGAUGAGUUUUUCAACUUUGAGUGCUUCAUUUUGCAAAAAAUGAUUGACUACGUGUUGGCAAAAGCAGGUAUAUUGAUAACAAGAUCGAAAUUAAUUUUAGAGCAUGAAAAUCUUCCUGUGGACCCGCCACAUUUGCUCGUUAAUAUCAAUUUAGGGGUUUCCGAGCAAGAGUUAACCCGCUUAAUAGAAGUUUUGCCGUCGGCUAUUGAGCAUGUUAUAAAGAAUUUGAAUAGCGAAAAUGAUUUAUUUCAAUUAACCGAAGAAAUUAUCAGAUACCCUCUGUUUUAA